AUGGGCACCACGGAGGCCACGCUGCGGAUGGAGAACGUGGAUGUGAAGGAGGAGUGGCAGGACGAGGACUUUCCCAGACCUCUCCCAGAAGAGACAGGAAUGGAGUCUCUGGGCAGCCCUACAGAAGACGAGAACACAUCUUCUCCUCCUAACACUUUAAACUUUAACGGGGCGCAUCGUAAACGUAAGACGCUCAUAGCACCUGAAAUCAACAUUUCACUGGACCACAGCGAGGGCUCCAUCCUGUCUGAUGACUUCCUGGACACCCCCGAUGAUCUGGACAUUAACGUGGAUGACAUUGAAACCCCAGAUGAGACGGACUCCCUGGAGUUCCUGGGAAAUGGGAAUGAGCUGGAGUGGGAAGAUGAUACACCUGUAGCCACAGCCAAGAACAUGCCCGGGGACAGUGCUGAUCUGUUUGGGGAUGGAGUGGCGGAAGAUGGCAGCACUACCAAUGGGAGACUCUGGAGGACCGUUAUCAUUGGGGAGCAGGAACACCGCAUAGAUCUGCAGAUGAUCAAACCCUACAUGAGAGUGGUGACACAUGGAGGGUAUUAUGGAGAAGGUCUCAAUGCCAUCAUUGUCUUUGCUGCUUGCUAUCUCCCAGACAGUAACUUGGCUGACUACCAUUACAUCAUGGAGAAUCUCUUUUUGUAUGUUAUCAGCAGCUUGGAGUUGCUGGUGGCCGAAGACUAUAUGAUCGUAUAUCUGAAUGGAGCCACACCACGUCGGAGGAUGCCGGGCCUGGGCUGGUUGAAGAAAUGCUAUCAGAUGAUAGACAGAAGACUGAGGAAAAACCUGAAAGCUCUGAUAAUAGUGCAUCCUUCGUGGUUCAUCCGGACAGUGCUGGCUAUAUCCAGGCCCUUCAUCAGUGUGAAGUUUAUCAGUAAGAUCCAGUACAUUCACAGCCUGGAAGACCUGGAGCAGAUCAUCCCUAUGGAGCACGUGCAGAUUCCCGAGUGUGUCGUACAAUAUGAAGAAGAGAGAAUCAAAGCCAGGAAAGAAAGAGCAGAAGAGAAACAAGACAUGGCAGAAAAAGAAAGGUGCCACUAUUAUCAGAAGGCCCCAUGGUGUCAAGAUGGUUCAGCAGGCCUGUGCCUCCCACAGAGGAUCAGGAAACCAGUAUGUCAUGAAUUGAAGUAAUGAGGAAUGAAUGAAAGGGAAGAAUGACACAGCUGGACAGUCACCCACUGUAAAUGCCCUUCCCGGUAUAAGAUCUCGUCACCAUCUCAUUCUGAACCCUGUAAGAUCAAGGAGCCUGGCCCAUGUCUCAGAGAUGCAAAUUCCUUUGAAGCUUUUGAAAAAAAAGAUAUAUAUAUAAAAAAAGAAUAAUCCAAUACUAGCACUUUCCAGGACAGGCUCCAACCUUGUUUCAGUGAUGGUCUGUGGAGAGAUAUAAGUAGUGCAAAUAUAUACAAUAUUUCCUCUUAGAAAGUAAACACCUCAUAGUCCAUUACAGCCACCAGCCCAAACAAAGAGAUAUAUUUUUUUUUAAUUAUAAAUCCCCUCUUUAACUUGCUGCUGGCCAGCACUGUAAUUUUUUGCUUUCAGUUGCACAUCAGUUUCCUCCUUAUAGAUAUUACGAUGGCCAUUGCUCUAGGUGUUAACAAACAAAGGAUAUGAGAAGAGUGAGAUCGGAAGAGCGCACG